UCCACGCCCCCGUGCCCAAGCCACGCCCCUUUCCUGCGCUCUCGCGAGGCGGCGCGCCAUGGCGCGGGCGGGCGGCGGGAACCUGCCGUGGGUGGAGAAGUACCGGCCGCAGGCGCUGUCGGAGCUGGUGUCGCAUCGCGAUAUCCUCAGCACCGUGCAGCGGUUCAUCAGCGAGGACCGGCUCCCGCACCUCCUCCUCUAUGGGCCCCCCGGUACCGGUAAGACGUCCACCAUCCUCGCCUGCGCCAAGCAGCUAUACCGGGAACGCGAGUUUGGCUCCAUGGUGCUGGAGCUCAACGCCUCUGACGACCGGGGUAUCGACAUCGUCCGAGGGCCCAUCCUGAGCUUUGCCAGCACCAGGACCAUCUUUAAGAAAGGCUUCAAGCUCGUCAUUCUGGAUGAGGCCGACGCCAUGACCCAGGAUGCUCAGAAUGCCCUGAGGCGAGUCAUCGAGAAGUUCACCGAAAACACCCGGUUUUGCCUCAUCUGCAACUACCUGUCCAAGAUCAUCCCGGCGCUGCAGUCCCGCUGCACGCGCUUCCGCUUCGGGCCCCUCACCCCGGAGCUCAUGGUGCCCCGGCUCCAACACGUCAUACAGGAGGAGGGGGUGGAUGUGACCGAGGAUGGGAUGAAGGCUCUGGUGACCCUCUCGAGCGGUGACAUGCGCAGAGCCCUCAAUAUCCUGCAGAGCACCACCAUGGCCUUCGGGAAGGUGACGGAGGAGAAUGUCUACACGUGCACAGGGCACCCCCUCCAGUCUGACAUCGCCAAUAUCCUCGACUGGAUGCUGAACCAGGACUUUUCCACUGCCUACCACAGAAUCAUGGAGCUGAAGACGCUGAAGGGCUUGGCCCUGCAGGACAUCCUCACCGAGAUCCACCUCUUCGUGCACAGAGUCGAUUUCCCACCCUCGGUGCGCAUCCAGCUGCUGAUCAAAAUGGCAGAUAUCGAGUACCGUCUGGCUGCUGGGACCAGUGAGAAGAUCCAGCUGAGCUCCCUCAUCGCGGCUUUCCAGUGCACCAGGGACCUGAUCGUGGCCGAAGCCUGAGUCCUGCCGCACGGAUCCUUCCUUGCAUCUGGCAGAAGGUGGAAGGGAUCGUGCGGUCUAUGCCCGGAGCUGAUCCCUGACACUUUCCACUUCCCAUUUCCAAGCCUCCAGCCCACAGCCAGGCUGCGGGAGUCAGGCAGUGUUAUUCCUGAGUGCAUCAGGAAAUAGAGAUACCUCUAAAGCCC